UUAUCGCAGUCGGCAAGCUUGUUGGCGACAUCAUCAACAGCCUGCAAUCCGUAGGUGGCGCGCGUUCGAACUACCAGGACCACCACCAGCAAGCUCAAAUGGUCAUUUGGACAGAAGGACGAUGUUAAAGGGCUUCAGACUUAUCUGAGUGUGCACACUGGGACGGUCAACAUACUACUCGCUGAGCAUGGCCUCGAACCUAUGCACAUCGCCGAAAAGACGUCCGACGCACACAGCUCACAAGCCCGUGACCAACUCUUUGCGACGCAGGGUAUCCUUGUGGACAUGAAGCAGAGUGCGUCUUCGCAAGCUCGAGCGUUGUGCAACGUACAAUCCAUGCUUGGUGAUCUGCACCGUCUCGUUGUAGGGGAACUAAAGACGUCGUGGGAGCAUUUUGGACCGAUGAUCACCAAUGUUUGUGUUUCCACGCAACAGAUCUACAGGGUCGUGCUCGAAAUUCGUGACCUAUUAACAGUAGUUGAUACACGCUGGACACAUUUUCAAGCGCCUCUUGUGGUUGAAGAUGUUUUAGGCUACAAGUUUCCGGUUCCGUCCGAGUACGAUUUCGACUUGCUGGAUACGAUCAUUCGUCAGCGCUUUAGAUCGGGCAUUGCAUCGAAAGACAUCAUUGCUGGAACUACGAACUGUGUCACACGAACGACAGAUCCCGUACGAUCUCUGCAGCAUCCCGAUUAACCCCUGGUACCUCGAUAAUUAUGGCGAUAGUAGUACUUGCCCCAGAGUUGAAAAAUAGAAGAUGUCCCAUGCCACACUGCGGGUCUGUAGAAGCGUCGUGCUUUCCGGGCGGCGGAUAUGUAUGGUAUGGCUAUCUCCAAAGCAAUUCACGCGUUCGAAGCCCUCUGCCGAAGCCUUCCCAGCUCUAGAUGCAAUGUCUGGUUCGACCAGACAAAGAAGCAAUGUGACACCCUCGACAGGCUCGCUGAGGCAACAGAAUGUCUGGGCACAUUCGAUGAUGCGAGCCAUACAACCCAGACUUAUAACGAACGGAAGAAGAAGAGGAGGUCAAGCGAGGACGACACGCAUGGAUAUAAGUCGUUUAGAAAUGUCAAAUGGUCCAUGGACGACACCGCUUCUGCUGAUCUAGUAGUACAGCCCACUACUGCUUCAAACACGCUUUCGAGAGUUCUAGAAGAUCCCG